AUGAAGUCAGCCACCAUCGCCUUCUUGGCCGCUCUUGCUGCCGACCUCAUUUCCGGUAACCCCGUGACCAGAGCAGCGAAGUCGCCUUACUUCUUCCUCAUCGGAGACUCCACCGUCGCCGUUAACGGCGGCUGGGGCAACGGCUUCCUCUCUUACCUCAAAGACCCAGCCGAGGGUGAGAAUAGAGGCAAGAGCGGCUCGACUACGGUAUCUUGGAAGUCAAACGGCCGCUGGGCUUCUCUUCUCGAGGGCAUCAACGACACCAAGGCCGACUAUGAGCCCAUUGUCACGGUGCAGUUCGGCCACAACGACCAAAAGAGUUUGACGCUGGAUGAGUUUAGAGCGAACCUGGUGGACAUCGCCGCCGAGCUGAAAGAGGCUGGAGCGACGCCGAUUUUCAUCACCUCACUCACCCGCCGCACAUUCGAGGACGGUGAAGUCGUGCAGAACCUCUACGACUGGCGCGGUAAGACCAUUGCCGCUGCCAAGGAGAGCGGGAUCAAGUGGCUUGAUCUCAAUAUCGCCAGUACCAACUACGUCAACGCUAUCGGGGAAGAAAACUCGACCGCGUACAACCUUGACGGCGAUGACCGGACUCACUUGAGCCCCGCGGGUGAGAUCGUCUUCGGGCGGAUGGUUGUAGACUUGCUUCUGGAAAAGAGGACGGACUUGGAGCAGUAUUUCGAGGCGGACGAGGAGAUCAGUGAGGCCAUUGCUAACGGCGAGUUUACUACCGGCGGCUUGUAA